AUGUCCGGGUUCAAGCGUGACUGGAAUGGCAAUGCCAAGAAGAGGGAUGGACCAAAGCCGCCUGCCAAAAAAGUUGUGCAGAAUCAGUUCACACCCAUGUUUGAGACUCUCAGAGAUGAGCUUGACCAGCAUCAUGACCGCCGGGAGCGCAUUAUCAAGGCUUCAAGAGAUAUCACGGCUUUGAGCAAGAAAAUAAUCCGGAAAAUCGACGAGGAAUUGCCAAAAAACAUCCAGGCCGAGAUUGACACACGGCUCGCCGAUAUCUCCAAGCAUCUGGCCACCAUUGCCCCUGAGAUCCAGGGCAUCAAUCGCUACCGAUAUGCUCGAUCCCUGAUGUGUCUGGAAGAGCUUGUGGAGGCUCUUACUUUCUUGCAUUAUCUCAAGACACAGACCCUCAUCACCCCCGAGCAGCUAACACCGAUCAUGGAGGACCUGGUCCGGAAGGGGAUCACACCAUCAGAGGAUGUAGCCAUGACGGAUGCAAGCGAGCCAGCUGCUGCGACCCCAGAGCAACCCCAGGAGAACGAGACACCGAAAGUUAGCCUCACCCAAGAUGACUACCUCUACGGCGUGUUUGAUCUUACGGGUGAGAUGAUGCGUUUUGCCACUACGUCAACAGCACUGACAGGCACAAUGGCUGGGGGCGGAGUUGGGGGUGACGAACAGCCUCGAACCAUUGUCGAGGAUAUGCAUGAGCUGGGUAGCUUUUUUGAGAUGCUUCCCGUUGGGCAAGGCAACAGGUUCCAGUGGGAGAAAAAGCUGGAGGUCACACGGCAGUCUGUUCAAAAGGUUGAACGUCUGGGUUACGACAGGACCAUCAGGGGUAGCGAACGUCCCAAGGGGUGGAUUCCGGAUUUGAGUGGUGGUGAUCAAGCCGAGGAGGAAUAA